AUGGUGCUGGAACCACUCGAAUUCUCAGAAUGCAUUGCUGAUACGCCAUGGUUUCGUCAGAACCUUUAUAAACAUGAAAUAGCACUGGAAGGCACCUACAAGAGCAUCAAGAAUAUUGAAGUGCAUCUUCGUAAAGUUAUUUCUUGCAGCGAAAGUAAGUUUCCGAUGUAUCAAUUUUCUCACUUUUCUCUCAUAAUCAUACAUAAUAUUCUAUUUGCAUUUAUAGAAGUUUAAGA